UUUUUAGUUUUAGUUUGUUUUCAUCUGUUGGUGUGUACAGCGGGCAUGUAUCAUUUCGUUUCGUUUGGCUCGAUUUUUUUUAUUUUUGUUGUGAGCGUUAACAGUGAUCUUUAUUAUUUUUAUUGCUGUUUAAUGCGCAUCUGAACCCGCUUGCCCGCACCCUUAAUCACGCAUCGCAUCUACUGGCUAUAAAUUCGACUUUCUUAUGCCGUGGCCAUUGCUAAUUACAACAUGGCUAUAACACGUAGAACAUUGAAUACACCGGUCUGUAUAGGCCAAGCUAAACCACCCUGCCCAUCAAUGCCAGCAUAGCCAAGAGCCAUGCCAAAACAAGCAGUCCGUCCCAUUAGCACCUACGAUAACCUGGGCGCGACUCAACAGCUGCAGUCGCACGUGGACUGUACUUCCACUAUGCUUAAGCCAGAGUUGGAGUUGGAGCCGAAGCCCACGGAAAGUGGAACCAGCCACAGCAUAGCCGCGGUCAAGGCGGCCCUUAACGACGCCAAGUCAAAGUUCUUCGGGAUAAACAGUUGUGAGUCACCGGUCGCUAUAAAGCAGGAACCCAAAUACCAGAACGUUCCUCAGCGUGACUUUCUACAGGAAAAGUCGCCGCCUGUCGCUGCAGUGGUAAUAGUGUCUAAUCCCACUACUGUUCCUUUAAAGGACCUGCCGGAAAAGACGCUAUGCAAUUCUACCGUGUACGAAGAAAUUCCCCUAAGAGACUUGGACGCUUUACAACCAUCCCAGGCCGUAUACAUGAGCACCACAGUGCCACAGAACAUAAAAUCAAUGAAGAUCGCUGGACGUCAUACGCCCACCCGAAACAGCUUGAGGCACAGCCGCAUGAUUGUUGUGAAUCAUCACAACCAUGACAGUCUUCAUACCUCAUAUUCGAGACACAUCCUAAACCUGAACAUAUCACGUCAAAUGCUGAUAUUGCAACUGGCUAUUGGCAUUUUGAUUUCGAGUCUUUCCUUGUGGAUACUAUGGAUGGGACCGAUUUGGUCCGUACUAAUCAAUCCGUAUUUGAGUGGCCUAUCGUUACUCUUGGCUGGUGUUAUCGGUUUAAUUAUUCUGAGAAGGCACAGAAAAGAACACAGAUCGUCGAACAACUGCUACAAGGUGGAGGCUUGUCUAUUGCCUGUCGUGGCACUGAUAUUCUGCUGCCUCGCACUAGUCUGUGCUACAAUUGAGUUUUCUGAGCUGAGCUCAUCUGUGAACGGAACGUGUGGACCAGCUACGAGCUGGUUGAUGCGCCACCGUCAUUGCACCUGCUUUUCACCAACUGCUGACGAUGCUAUCCCAGGGGAAAAAAGUCCGGCCAUUGCAGUUACAACAGAUGGAAAGCAACCGCUGAGCGGAGAAACAGACGCUGGGGAGAAGGAUGGGAGCGAAAAAUGCAGCCGAUUUAGGACCGAAUGGAAGUAUCUGUUGGCAUUCUCGAUGGUACUAAAUUCUUUGGGAAUAAUAACAACAUUCUUAUGUAUUACACUAUUUAUUUGUAGCCGUCCCAGUAGAAAACAAAUAUACACUUCCGUGGAACCAUAGUUCUCCGGCAUCCCCACACCAAAGUACAGAACAAAAAUAUAAUUCAUAUGUACGUUUUAUCACGCCGUUUUUGCGCAGUAUAUGUAUUUACGAGCAGAUGGAAGUAGAUAGCUUUUAAACUGGAGACUACAUUUUUUAUUACUGAUCCCAACAAAAAUGUAUAUCCGUAUUUAUAUACGGAUCUUAGAAGGAAAAUAUACGAAUGCCCUAGCAAAUUUUUCAUAAAUUUAAUUUUCUAUUUGACCUUUAUCAAUAAUGUACAUUCCCUAUAUACAAAAUGACAAAUUCAUUUAUUAUUCAAUAUGCGAAUAUUUAUGCAAGGAAUUAUAAUUUUCUGUAAGGAUAUAAAAAGUAAAAUAUAAUAUAAUAAAAAACAAUUUAAUCAUAAAACAGAAAACUGUUAUUUACGAUUACUUGUCGUUUUAUGCGCCUAACAACAAGUCGAUGAAAGUAUAUUUUAUGCAAGAAUGUGUAGGCGACUAAUAAAGAUAUAUGUGUCCUCA